UGUUCAGAUAAUAAAACAUGUAAUGUAAUUAUUAUUAUGAUGUUGAGCAACAAUAUAUACCACUAUAAAUUGUUAGAAAUGUUAAAGUAUGGGAAAUUUGGAACGAUUUACAAGGGAACUUAUUAUAACAACAACAAUUUAGCUAUUGAAAAAAUUUCUCUGGAUCAACGAAUGGAAAAGUUAACUAGAAUGUGCAAUGAAGUAUUAACCAAUCGGCAGUUUAAACAUCGAAAUAUUAAUACCAUCCUUCACUGCUUUGUUUAUGAGCAGUACGCAUAUUUGAUCUACCCAUAUAUGUGUUUUGGAGAUUGUGAAAUGCUGCUUCAAAAUGUUUAUACGUCUGGAUUCCCGGAGACUAUAUUGGCACUAAUUUUGAAGGAUGUUUUAUCAGCGCUUACAUACAUUCACUCUCAACAUUUUGUUCACGGAUCUAUAAGGGCAAAACAUAUACUUAUAAAUUCCAGAAAAGCUGUAGUAACCAAUUUUGCUGACUGUCAAAAUUUUAUUAACAAUGGAAAACAAAAACCGUUUUUAAACGGAUUAUCGGUGGAAAAUAAGAAACAGUUGUAUUGGACGGCACCAGAAGUUUUAUAUCAAAACCUCUCUGGUUACACAGAAAAAAUAGACAUAUACUCCCUCGGAAUCACAUGUUGUGAAAUGGCAAAUGGUUUUCAACCCUUUAGAGACACUGAACUGACAUACAUGUAUAUUGAAAAAGUUCAUGGAGUUCUUCCUUUUUUACUGGAUAAAAAUAGUCUUAUGGCUAACCAUGGAUCAAUUUCAUUGCAUCAAACAAAUCAACGAUUUCCCCGAGAUUUAUUCAUGAGAAAAUCAUUUUCUGAUGACUUACACCAAUUUGUUGAGCUAUGCCUGAAUAAAAAUUCCAGAUCUCGAUGGGCUGCAUCAAAGUUAAUGACACACUCGUUUCUGAAGCAAUGCCGCCAAUCUAGUUUUUCAGAACUAUUCAAAGACUUUCGUUUUGAUUCGUUAACAUCUAAAUCUGAAGAACAUGAACCAUUUUGUGAUACUGAAGUCAACCGAAUUAAGAACUAUGAUGAUACAAUAUGGAAUUUUUAAUAAAUUUAAUUAAUUGUGUGUUUUUCUGCGUCGCAACAUUCAAGUUGAUUUCAACCGAGUGAGCUGAGUUGAAUCUCUGGAUCUCUGGUCUGCAGCUAACAACCUAUUAGUAUGGUUGGGUUUUUUAAGCGAUGGACGAUGAAAUAUGAUAUACCUUAUAUAACUACAUUUUUAUCUACUCCCUUUUCCGUUCUAUUUUGUAAAUUUGCUCUCCUGUUUGGAAUUCCCAAUAUCAAGUAAACGUUGACCGUAUACAGUAUAUUUAAAAUAAAUGUCUUCGUUUUUAUAACUAAAUACAGGGUACACAGCCAAAAAAUUCCCCUGAGUGAAAGGUAUUAAGUUUCACAGAAACUUAUGUUCCAUCAGCUAACUGUUCCGCGGUGUAGCUAAGCAUACGAAAAUCCGAUGCUUGACGCCCAAACAACUGGAAUCACGGAAAACAUUCUCAAUAUUAAAAAAAAAAUUCGCCGGCUCGAUCGAACCAAUCUAAAGUCCUCUAUAGGUUAUAAUUUCGGCUUAAAGAGUGUUUAUAUAAUUCAUUUCAUUGGAUUUUUAACAUCAUUAAAAGCAACCUUUUUGGGCAUUAUCUAC